ACUACAUGCUGCUAGUAGUAGUAUUACGUGUCCUUUUAGUGUGUAAAUGGCCUUUAAAGUAUUUUCCAGACUCACCGGGGUAACUCUCCGACUGAAGUCUCAUCCUGCAGCCGUGUCCAGUGCGUUGAGCUCCGGCUGCAGUCUAACGGUGGAACAUGACCGACAGAACCGGCGCUUCACCGUCGCUCCGGGCAGCGGGGCUGACUGUGCAGUGCUGCUCUACAGAUUCACCGGGGAGAAGGAGGUGGAUCUGAUGUCGACAUUUGUACCAGAGACAUUCAGAGGCCAAGGUGUUGCUGCUCUUCUGUCUCAGGCUGCCAUGGACUUCCUGGUUGAAGAAAACCUCAAGGCUCAUGUCUCCUGUUGGUAUAUAAAGAAAUACAUCGAGGAAAACCCUCUACAAAGUUAUAAGCAACGUCUCAUCACUUGACUGAAGUCUGUUUGUUCAGUACAGACUGAGAUUCUACCUCAAAUCAACCACAACCUCAUCAAUCAUUGCUAUUGAGGCCAAAUGGAUCUAUAACCAUCUUUAAUAAUGAUUUUAAAGAGACAUGCAUUUAAUUCAUGGUAAUUAUGAGUAAAGAUACUUAAAAUCUCCCGAAGGAAUUCCGGGUUUGAAGAUGU